AUGCUGGUUGCUCCUCCAGAGGUUGUUGCAAGUUGGCCAAAGCCAAAUUAUGUCGACCCCGAACAUCAGGGCCCGCAUUUGAUGAUUAUCGUGAUCACUUCCUUCGUCAUUUCGGCUAUUGUGGUAGCACUGCGAACAUACGUUCGAGUUAAAAUCAAGAAAAACGCUGGUUGGGAUGACUGGCUCAUGUUGAGUACGCUGCCUCUUUUAGCUGGAAUCACUGUCUCUAACAUUAUUGGCGUCUAUCACGGAUGGGGCUACCAUAUAUGGGAUAACAAGCCCGAAUGGGGAGUGACGUGCCGCCUGACUAGCUGGUGCUCUCAGAUCAUGUCUGUGGUUGUUGCCACAAUCGUCAAGUCCUCGAUCUUGGUUUCUUACCUACGGUUCUUUUCUACUACAGCAACGAAACUUAGGCAGGGCACCUGGAUUAUGCUUCACAUUGUGGUAGCAUGGGGUCUUGCAACCGCACUACCCCUACUGUUUGUAUGCAAGCCUUUAUCAGACUACUGGACGGAUCCAACACGCCGGAAUUGUAUCAAUAAUGGUGCACGCAUCAUCAGCGGCUCAGUCCCGCAUGUCCUCACUGAUAUAAUUAUCUGGAUGCUUCCGAUUCCAACAUUAUGCAAAAUGCACCUACCAGGCCGCGAGAAGGUGGUUCUUAUUAUCCUUAUGAGUUUUGGUCUUGUGGCGUGUGCAGCAUCUGUAGUACGGCUUGCCUAUACCUAUGUGAUACUUUAUGUAUCAUACGAUUCAACCUGGGUUGGAUACAACCUGUGGAUAUGGAACGAUCUCGAGGUCAAUUUGGCCGUCAUUUGUGCCUCCUUUCCCAUGAUUCGACCCUUAGCAAAAAUGUACCUUCCGAAUUGGGGUUCCAGCAUAUUCACAUCAUCUGCAGACAGUUUGCCGAUAGAAGCCCAGCCGGCUGGCCAGAAGAAGAUGAAUCUUGUGCUUCCUGAAUGGAAACAAGAUGAAGAAAACGUCCCGGAUGAAAAGGAUCCUAAUCUUUCGCCUAUCAGCGGCCUGGAUGAAAAAAUCGAUCUUAAGGUCCCAGAGCAAGCAGUACAUCCGGCGAAACCGCAGCCUGAAUAA